ACAGGCAUUCUCUGAAACAUGCACUGACCUCACUUUGGCCGUGAGUUGCAUGUGCCUCUGUCCUUUCUUGUGUCUAUGUCCCUUUGGGUCACUGGGUUUCUGUAGUGGUGAUGGUGGGGAGGUGGGUAGAUGGCUUCCGCUAGGCCCCUCUUCCAGCACCAGUCCGCCACCUAACCCUCCUGGUUUUUUUAAUCUCCCAGUUGGUUACGUACCUGUCUCAGUGCUAUUAAAUAGGUCUUGAACCCCAGGUCUUAAGACAGCUAAGAACAGAAGUCAGAAUCCUCCUGGAAAUCAAACCUGUAGCCUUCGGAGCAUCCAAAGGGCCAAAGUCAGGCUUAGAAAAGGAGAUGGAACACUACUGCAGAGUACUCCGACUCUGGGAAAUGGAAUCUGGAAACAUGGAGAAAGAAGUGGAGGCCAGAGAACGGAAGGCAAGGAGGCAGGUAAGCUUCUGGGCCUGGGACCUGGGCAGUUAAGAGUGGAACUGAAAAGAAUGGAACUAGUACUAAGAGAAAGGCUAUAGACUAAGCCUGAGAGCCUGAGGGCUCCAAGAAGCCUGAGGUUUCUAUACCUCCUCACCUGCCUCCUCCAAUUGGCUCCCCCCACCUUCACUCCUGCCCUGUGGCUUUGACUACUCUGAGCAAUAACUGUUCUGGGGGUGCCAGACAGAGAAGGCUGGAGGACUCCGUAGUAGCUGUUCCCCUGGCUCAGCUAUGGUCGGUCUACGGAAGCUGAGCAGUGCCCCAGCCCACAUACCCGCAUCUCUAAUCAUUUCCAGGUGCAGUCACCCCCAUCCUCUUGUGAACCCAUCCUCUCUAUGGGGUUGGGGAGGAGGGUAGAUUAGGAUUGGGUUUGUAGAAGAGCAGGCCCAAACCCGGAGAUUUGGAAGGUAGGCAGAUACAAUUGGCCCCUAAGUCCGGUCACAGCUGGGUCCAACCCCCUCUUUCCUCACAGCUGGUUUUAUCGCCCCCUCCCCAGCUCCCCCUUCUCCAGCCCCCCCCUCCCAUCCACCCACCAACUCUUGUGCUGGUAACUUUUAAAAGCUCGAGGCCGAGGGAGGAAAAAAAAAAAACCCUUUUAUCCCCCGCAGUUUUAUGGGCCAGAGAGGCUGCUCCCAUUACGGGUUAGGGGCCCAGACUGGACAGCAGCGAGGGGCACAGUGUGGGGGGGGGAACAGGGUCUGGCAAUUAAGGGACGCGAUAAUCGUCAGAGUAAAGAAGCUGAUUGGAAAGAGGCAGGAGUAAAAAGCCGAUGGGUUCGAUGGUAGCCAUCAGAGCAGGAGUCAGGAGAGCCGAGGAUUGGGGACAUUCGGGGUAGCGCACUGUGUCUUGUCCGGCGGAGUCUCCCAAUCUAAAAGUCACUUCCUCAGUCCGCGCUAGGGUCACCUGGGUCUUAGUCUGAGAACCGCAGAUACCAGAACAGCUGGGGGCCCCUUGAGGUAGGGGUGUGUCUGGAGGAAGGAUACGCAGCCCCCGAGCUCGGGGGCCGCCGCAAGCUCCGCCCCCCCUCCCCACCCAGUUGCCGCCUCCGGCCCCGAGGCCCUUUAAGGCUGGCUAAGGCUUCGCUGGCGGGCGUAGGGCGGCACAGUGAGCCGCCCGAUUAAGGCAAAGAAGCAGCUUUAGGCUUGCCCCGCUCAGUCUGCUGGGCACGGACCGGGGCCCCGGGGGGCAGCACGGGGCGUUCCCGGGCCCCGGGGCCCGGAGCAUGAGCCGAUGCGCGGAGGAGGUGGCGGAGGAGGAAGAAGAGGCGGUGGCGCGAAGCUGGCUGCCCGGACAGCCGGGACCCCUUGGCCCGGGGGCCCCGACAUGACCUCGGCCCAGGAGUCCGGGCCGCCGCCUGCAGCUUCCAAUAAGCCGCUGACGCCCUUCAGCAUAGCUGACAUCCUGGGUCCGCCAGCUCGUCCGACCCCAGUCCCAGUCCCAGUGCCGGCCCAGGGCCCUACUUCGCCUCUCUGCGCGCUAGAAGAGUUAGCCAGCAAGACCUUCCGAAGACUCGACGGCAGUGCCCUGCAGGCGGCCGAAGAUCGGACCGCACUGAGCCCGCUGAGCCCCAGGCCCGUGACCCGCAGGCGUCGGAAGUCGCGUACCGCGUUCACCGCGCAGCAGGUGUUGGAGCUGGAGAGGCGCUUCGUCUUCCAGAAGUACCUGGCUCCAGCCGAGCGGGACGGACUGGCAGCUCGGCUGGGUCUGGCCAAUGCCCAAGUCAUCACUUGGUUCCAAAACCGCCGGGCCAAGCUCAAGAGGGACGUGGAGGAGAUGAAGGCGGACGUGGCCUCCCUGCGUUCCCUGCCCCCUGCAGCUCUCCGCCGGUUGAGCCUCACUCUGCCAGAACCAGGCUCCCAGCCUCCGGCCGACCCGGAACCUAGCAGUGACCCUGGGCCCGAGCUUUCAGAUGAGGAAAUCCAGGUAGACGAUUGAAGAAAAAAUCUGGCCUUGGCUCUGGGUUACUACGGUCGCUAUUGUCAGCCUUUAUCACGACUCAAGAUUACUCACUGGGUCUGCUCAGAGGAUCCCGGGUGCCUGAUGGACUUCUAUUGCUCGGUUUAUUGAUUUAUUCGUACACCGUUCUCCUUCCAUUCAUUGUCCUUCCACUCCAGCCUCUAUAUCCCAUGCUCCCACUCUCUGGGGUCUUUCCGUCCCAGAAUAACUGCAUCACUGGACCCCUCCCCCGUUUAUUCCUAUUGUACUUGGAAGGCAGGGUCAGGAUUCUGCAUGGUUCCUCCUGCCACUCCCUUUUAAGGGUCCUAAACAUCUCUAUGAAGCUGGUUUCCUUACUCCUGAACCCGUGCUUCUGAGAUGUAUCGAUUUUCUCAACUUUUUGGAAAACCGAGUAGUCUUCGAUAGUGUUCUUCCUUAUCCCAGUCGCCUCCUCGGGUCUGCGUGGUCUAUUCGCCCUCGUCUUUCUCUUAACAUAGUCCCAAUCUGACUAUACCGCUGUCUCCCCAGUCCCUCAUUCUUCUAGGUAGAGAGAUCCCUCUGGCGCCAGACUCCGCCUCUCCCACCGAGCUCCCGCCUUCUGAACUCUAGGGCUCCCCAGCCCCUAUAAACUUUCACCUAUUCUGUCCCCUCCCCUCAUUUUUAAGGACUCCCAAUAACACACGUUUCCUUUCCCGGGGAUUCGUUCUAAUCAGAUGCUAGUCUAUAUCCCAGCCUCUGCCCGGAGGCUUCUCCCAGCGAUGGCCGUAGCCCGGUCAGCCGGGUCUCCUCUGCCUCGCUUAGACAUCCGGCAGUUUGUAGCCGCUUCCCCACCUCCACCCCCCGCCCCCGGUCAGUGUGAAUAAAGAGGAUCCGACGCGGCUUUUCGCUUUUUCCCUCCUGCGAGCGAGCGGAAAGGGUGGGAGCAGGCCACAGACGCUGGCGGCUCGUGGGCGUUGAGCAACCCCUGGUACGUACGGAUUGCAGGCCUGACAUCGGGGAGGGCUGCGUCCCCCAUUACCUCUCCCCCCUCAGCUUUUAAAAGCUGACUCCCCAAAUUGCUCUUCUCCCUCACCCGCAAGUGAGAUCGGCCCUUCGUUUCUAAAUUGAAACCACUAAGCCCCAGGGCACCCCUCGGCAUUCCUUUCUACAAAUACCUCCCCUGCCCCCUCCUCAUUCCAAGAGUUUAUUAAUGAUGACCUUGACCCGGAUCCAACCCAGAGCGGCACGUGGGAUGCGUAGAAACGGAGACGAGAGAACUAAGGGCAAAACCACAGUCCGGGAGGCUGCAGUGACAGCACAUCUCCUCGCAGACGCGCGCUAGUCUCUGCGUCGCUAACACCGCUACCGCGGAGACAAUGAAGGGCUUGGGGGACACUGUAACGUCUUACGGCGCAACGGUAGCUGCGCGGCGAUACACAGUAACCAGCCUCGCGCCCGGAGCUAGGCCUUACGGGAGUUCCCCAGCGGAGAUACAGUCACACGCGCCGUUGGGACACAGUAACCCGGCUUGCGCACGCCCUUGUAACGCCCAUGAAGCAGCACAUACACCACCCGCGAUACAGGCAGCCGCACGCUCGCAGAGAAUAGAGCGGGAACACGUUAACGAGAGCAGCACAAAGGCAUUCCCUUAGCGACAACUCCCAGGCUGCUCCCCACCCCUCCAUUGACGCUUGUGGAUGUGGGUGGGGUGGGGGCUAGAGUUGGGAAGACUUUCCCCACCCCCUACACUGUGGAGUGGCUGUCCCCCUCCCCGUCCCCCGGUAAUUUCCCGGGUGACCGGGCCGCCGCUGGCUGCUGACAUCCCCGGCUGAAUUUAAUUCCUUUAACUUGUGAUUAAUUACGCGCCCCCGCCCUCACCCCUCCCUCGGGCCUGUCUGCACAUCAAACGCGGAGGGGGGAGGGGCUGCGGGGAGCUGCUGGACCAGAGAGAAAGGAAAGGGGAAUUCUGUGGUCAUUUACCCAGUUCUAGGCCAGGUAAGAUUUCCCUCAAUCAUCCCCUCACAUUUAUAUUGUCUCCAAAAAAAUCACCCACCCGCCCUUCUCCCAAGCCCAACCCAGUCUCUCUGGACCCAAUAAAAUGUUAAUCUGCA